AUGGUUACCCAAAUCCCCUCACACCAACGGCCGGUCCCCGGGUCCGUCAACAUACCCAUGGCCAAGUACCCUGUCGCGAAGAGCCCUGCUGCAGACACCGAUGCCACACAGGUAGCCUCCGACCUGGUGAGCGCCUUCAACGCCGCCCUAGAGAAGAACGACGCAGAUGCCCUCUCCAGCCUGUUCGCCGACAACGCCUACUGGCGCGAUCACCUUGCCGUCACGUGGGCCUUUCGCACCCUGUCCACACCUCCCACCAUCAAGGAGUUUCUGCAGGCCGCCUCCAAGUCCAGGGAUGGUCUGCGACUCAAGAGGAUCGCCGUCGACGGCUCCUCCGACGUCGGUGCCCCCGCCGUGGCCUCAAUAGACGACCGCGGCGACGUCAAGGGUGUGCGCUUCUUUCUCUCCGUCGAGACCGUCAUCGGCUCCGGACGCGGUCUCGUCAACCUCGUCCAGCAGGACGGCAAGUGGAAUAUCUUUACACUGUACACCCGUCUCGAGGAGCUCAAAGGCCACGAGGAGAGCAUAAACGCCCGUCGUCCAGUCGGUGUCCAGCACGGCGGUCGCCCUGGCCGCAAGAACUGGGCCGAGAGGAGGCACGCCGAGAAGGAAUUUACGUCCGACAAUGAGCCUGCAGUGCUCAUCAUUGGUGCCGGUCAGGCUGGUCUCACGGCCGCCGCUCGCCUCAAGAUGCUCAGCGUCAAUACCCUCUUGGUGGAUAAGAACGAGCGCGUAGGCGACAACUGGCGCAAGCGCUACCACCAGCUGGUGCUCCACGACCCGAUCUGGUACGACCACCUGCCUUACCUCCCCUUCCCGUCGAGCUGGCCCAUCUUCACGCCCAAGGACAAGCUGGGCGACUUCUUCGAGGCCUACGCCACGCUGCUAGAACUCAACGUGUGGACGCGCACGCAGGUGGUGCACACACAGUACAACGAGACCAAGGGCAACUGGACCGUGGUGGUCAACCGCGUGCUGGCCGACGGCAGCAGCGACGUGCGCACCUUCCACCCGCGCCACGUGAUCCAGGCCACGGGCCACUCGGGCAAGAAGAAUCAGCCGGACAUCAAGGGCGCCGACGGCUUCAAGGGCCACCUCUUGUGCCACUCAUCUGAGUUCCCGGGCGCCAGGGCCAACACCAAGGGCCAGAGGGCCGUCGUCGUCGGGUCGUGCAACUCGGCCCACGACAUCGCCCAAGAUUACCUGGAGAAGGGGUACGACGUGACCAUGGUGCAGAGGUCGACUACCUGCGUGGCCUCGUCCAAGGCCAUCGUCGAGGUGUCGAUGGGCGAGUCGUACAACGAGAAUGGCCCUUCAGCCGACGACUGCGACCUCAUGGCCCACGGCACGCCCACACCCCUCCUCAAAACCAGGGAGCACUCCAUCGCCAAGCGCAUGGCCGAGGUGGACAGGGACAUGCUCGACGGCAUCACCCGCGCCGGCUUCAAGGUCGACAUGGGCCCGGACGACGCCGGCCUCAUGAUCAAGUAUCUCCAGCGCGGCGGCGGCUACUACAUCGAUGUCGGCGCCUGCAAGCUCGUCGCCGACGGCAAGAUCAAGAUUAAGCAGGGCCAGGAGAUCUCAGAGAUCCUGCCCAACGGCCUGCGCUUCGCUGACGGCACCGAGCUCGAGGCCGACGAGAUCAUCCUCGCCACCGGGUACCAGAACAUGCGCUCUCAGACUCGUCUCAUGUUUGGAGACGAGGUUGCCGACCGCGUCAAGGACGUCUGGGGCUUCAACAGCGAGGGCGAGCCGCGCACCAUUUGGCAGAGGAGUGGCCACCCGGGCUUCUGGUUCCACGGUGGUAACCUCGCCCUGUGCCGCUUCUUCUCCAAGCUCCUGGCCCUACAGAUCAAGGGUCUCGAGGAAGGUCUAUACAAGGACGGUGAGAUUUAA